GAAAAAAAACAAGAUCACCCUAAAGUGACAGAGAGAGGGCUUCACUAACUGGUCCCUUUUUUGCAUUGUAUCAAUUAAUAAUUUCAUUAAUGCCAUCAAUGUCUGAUCGUGGAUUAUUUCUAUCAGAAAAUGUUCCGAACCACAAUAUGAUGCUGUUUCUGAUGUGCUCCCUAACCAACGACCGAACACUUUCAGUCCUGAAUCACGGACGUUAGCCUCGUGUUAACUGACGGUAGGAGGAGAAGGAAGAAAGGGUGAUAACGACAGCUAUUUAUCAAUCAAAGGAGGUCGACUCAAGAUGGAUGGGGGACCUGAAUCCAUGGAGCUGGUGAUGAAGGUGAAGGAGGAAGAGGAGGAUGGCUACGAAGAGUAUGGGGUCGGUGUGCUGACUUCAUCUGGUGGGGAAACUGGAGAACCCUUCAGCGGUGGGUUCCACAGCUCCUUUUCUGCCCCUCCGGGAGAACCCUUCAGCGGUGGGUUCCACAGUGAGGAGGGUCCCUCCACGUCGGGAACCACGGGGCGGCAUGGCCGUGCAUCGUCAGGGACGACAAAACCUCCCCACAGCUGCCUGGAGUGUGGGAAGACGUUUCUCAGCCCGUCCACACUCAGAACCCACAUAAUGUCCCACACGGGGGAGAGACCUCACAGCUGCUCCGUGUGUGGGAAGGGCUUCCUGACCAAACACCGGCUCACCGUCCACCUGAGGACACACACGGGCGAGAGGCCCUUCAGCUGCUUGGAGUGCGGCAAGACGUAUAUCAGCCAGGAGCAGGUCAGCACUCACUUCCGCUACGUCCACAGCGGGAAGCGUCCGUACGCCUGCACCGUCUGCCAGAAGGACUUCCCCAACCCAUCCAAGCUACGGCGGCAUCAGGCCACACACACGGAUGCCAGGCCGUUCCCCUGCCUCGUGUGUGGGAAGCGCUUCAGAGAGACGGCGCACCUCCACAACCACGCCCGUCUGCACACUGGAGAGAAGCCGUACCGCUGCCCCGACUGUGGAGUGAGCUUCGUCAGCCAGGGACAGCUUAUUCAGCACCGCCGCACCCACACCGGGGAGAAACCGCACCCCUGCUCGCAGUGCGGGAAGCGCUUCUCCCGUCUCUGGUACCUGAAGUCCCACAUGGCAUUGCACUGUGAGAACAGGCUGACGGCCAACAGCCACGUCCCCCUCCCGGACAGCAGGGGGAGCUGUCUGUCUGAGCCGGAGCAGCAGGAACUCCAGGAUGCACCCGAGGGCGGGAGCUUCUCCCUGCCGGAGUCUGAUCCGAGGCACGAGCACCUCCAUGCCAGGGGGAUAUCCAACCGCCGCAUUGUGAGCGGGAAGACGUUCUCUCAACGGCGCUCUCUGACCCGACACGUGUGCAUGAAUGCCUGGAAGACUCCUUUCCGACGCUCCCGGUUUGGGAGGGGCCUCGGCAGACCCGCGGAGCCGAGAUCACACGGCGCGGCUCCCGCAGAGGAGCCGUACUCCUGCGGUCUCUGUGGGAGGCGCUUCACUCUCUGGGUGAACUACAGGGUCCACCAGAGAGCCCACGACGGGAACAGGAAGUUUGUUCCAGAGCCUCGAGGCUUUCGUGGUCCAGGUUGGAAGUCUGGGGGCCAGAGGGAGAGGCUGGAGGCUCUACUGUCUGGGGGGACCUCGAGGCCCGUGGCAGGACGCCAGGGAGGAUCUGCCAGCCAGCCAGAUCUAGAGUCUGAGGAGUCGCCCAGCAAGGAUGAUGCCUGGGAGAGACAGGUGGUGGUGGUGAAGGAGGAGGAGGAGGAAGAUCCCUCUUACGGACUGGGAGGGGAAGAGAGUCUACGAGGAAGUGAACCCUACCAGGAGAACCAGGAGAGCAGGGGAACCCACUGCUGCUCACAGUGCGGCCGCCGGCUGUCCAGCGCCUACAAGCUGAUGCUGCACCACAGGACCCACACGGGUGAGAAGCCCUUCCCCUGCCUCGUGUGCGGGAAGCAGUUCUCCCAGGCGGCCAACCUCAAGACCCACCAGAAGGUGCACAGCGGGGAGAGGGCCUACGCCUGCCCCGACUGCAGCAGCCGCUUCACCCACCUGGGAGACCUCAAGAGGCACCAGCUGCUGCACAGCGGCCACAAGCCCCACAGCUGCUCCGAGUGCGGGAAAGACUUCACCCAGGUGGCCCACCUCAAGCUGCAUCAGCUCACCCACUCCGGAGAGAAGUCGUUCCGCUGCCGCCAGUGCGAGAAGAGCUUCUCCACGGCAGCCAAGCUGAAGAGCCAUGACAGGGUGCACACGGGGGAGAGACCCUACCAGUGCUCCUUCUGCGACAAGAGCUUCGCCCACUCGGGCACGCUGGUUAAGCACGAGCGGUUGCACACGGGGGAGACACCCUACCGCUGCUCCCACUGCGGCAAGGGCUUCGCCCAGCUGGUGUCUCUGAAGAUCCACAUGCAGAUCCACACGGGGGAGAACUUCUACCGCUGCACGCGGUGCGAUCAAAGCUUCACCACGUCCACCAGGCUGAAGGACCACCAGAGGAGCAGCCACGGCGUGGAGAGACCGCACUGCUGCUCCGAGUGCGGCAAGAGCUUCAACAUCGCCUCCCGGCUGAAGCAGCACCUCAGGGUUCACACCAAGGAGAAGCCGUUCCACUGCUCUGUCUGCGGGAUGCGCUUCACGCUGGUGGAGAAUCUGAGUCGGCACCAGCGGAACUCCCUGGGCCCCUGCAGCACCGCGAGCCAGACCUCCGGGGGAGGAGCCGGGGGCCUGGGCCCCGAUGCUGCCCCAGCGGGGGUCACACACACGGAAUGCCGUGAUUCCGAAUCCAGCGUGUCGCCAAGGCGACAGGACAGUAGCUGUGUAGACCAGGCAGGAAGCGAAGAGGACGAGGAGGCUGUAGGGGGUCUGAUCAACUCUGACGGAGAGGAAGUGGAGUGGGAUUCUCUUCAAUCAGGAGAAGGUGAGAAGAGCAAUCAUGAGAACCAGCAGGAGAACCAGACAGUGAAGAAGUUCCACCGCUGCCUUGAGUGUGGGAGGGAGUGUCCAUCCUUCUUCAGACUCCAGAUGCAUAUGAAGACCCACACAGGAGAGAAACCUUACCCCUGCCCCGCAUGUGGGAAGCACUUCCGCCAGAAGGAGCACCUGAAAGAACACGAGAAGGUUCACACGGGGGAGAAACCCUACUCCUGUUCAGACUGCGGCGUGAGGUUCAGUCACCAGGGGGCGCUGAGAAGGCACGAGCGCUCACACACAGGAGAGAAACCCCACCCUUGCGCUGCAUGUGGCAAGAGGUUCACCAGGAUAAGUAGUCUCCGAGAGCAUCUGAACACGCACACAGGAGAGAGGCCGCACUGCUGCAGCGUGUGUGGGAAGACCUUCUUCAGGCUGUCGGCCCUGCAGAAGCACCAGGUGACUCACACAGGGGAGAAACGCCAUGUCUGCGAUGUGUGCGGUAAAGGCUUCUCAGAAACGUCCUACCUGCAGUGUCACCGGCGCUCCCACACCAGAGAGAAGCCCUACCAGUGUGAGGAUUGUGGGAGGAGCUUCUCCCAGCUGGGGAGUAUGAAGAGACACCAGCAGAUCCACUCCAGGGACAGGCCUGGGGUUGGGUCUGGGCCUGGGCUUGGGUCUGGGCCCGGUUCUGGGCCUGGGCCCGGUUCUGGGCCUGGGCCCAGUUCUGGGCCUGGGCCUAGUUCUGGGCCUAGUUCUGGGUCUGGGCCUAGGUCUGGGCUUGGGACUUUGGCUCUCCUCCUCACUUCUCCUUUUACACGCACUGGUUAUGACGGGCAGGAGGCGUUGGAGUCCAGCUGUUCUACUUCCUGGCUGUCAGAAUCCAGGUUGACCCCCCCCACGCUGAAGACUGGUAACCACGGUGACCAGAGCAGGCCGCAGCAUGGGCCUGAGGAGCCAGAGGACUUUAGUCUGAAGAAAGAAGUGAAUUUUGAUGACAGUGAUGAGGAGGAGGAAGAGGAGGAGGAGGAGGAGGAUGAAGACAACAGUCUUGGUGCUGUGGUCUUCUCUGGGGGAACAAUGGUUGAUGUCCCUGGCCUUGGAUCCAGUGGUAUCAACCUCCAGGAUGGUGCUUCCAACCAUCACGGCAUCACACUCCAACCCCACGUCUGUAGGCUGUGUGGGAAAGGCUACCAGAAGAGGUGCUCCUUACAGAACCACAUGCUGACCCACUCAGGAGAGAAACCCUUCCCUUGCUCCGCCUGCGAGAAGAGCUUCCGCAAGAAGUCUGCCCUGACCGACCACAUGCGUGUCCACACGGGAGAGAGACCCUACAUCUGCCCCAUCUGUGGGAAAACCUUUGCUCUCUCCGGAUGCCUCCGGAAACACGUCAAGCGCCACCGACUCCCUGGAGAGGAGGAGGCCUCAGCCCCCCAGCAGGCCGACAAAACCUCCAAGAAGACCGAGCACAUCUGUCCUCUCUGCGGCAGAGACUGCCUGAAGCGCUCGGCGCUGCACAUCCACAUGAGGAUCCACUCCGGGGAGAAACCCUACAAGUGCUCCAUGUGCGACAAGACCUUCACCCAGAGUGGCCACCUGAAAGACCACCAGAAGGUUCACUCUGGAGAGAGGCCGUACCACUGCUCCGUCUGCGGAAAGAGCUUCUCGUACUCCGGGGCGCUAAAGAGGCACGCCUUGCUGCACUCGGACGUGAAGCCCUACUCCUGCUCCGAGUGCGGGCGCAGCUUCGCCCAGCCGGGCAGGCUGAAGGAGCACAUGCUAGUGCACGUCAGGGAGAAGCCGCACGGUUGCCAGCAUUGUGGCAAGACGUUCAACCGGCUGUCCGACCUCACGGCCCACCUGAGGACCCACUCGGGAGAGCGGCCGUACCGCUGCUCUGCCUGCGGGCAGGGCUUCACCCGCACCUCCACCCUCCUCAAACACCAGCGCAAGGCCCAUCCGGGAAUCACCCUGCCAAUCAAGAUCGUGGAGAAUGGGGAGGAAGACUCCAUGCAAAGCGAUGAUGAUUAGUAUGACGUCGAUGUGAAACUGUCCUCGGGUGGAAAGACGGCCGACUGACGAUGCUUGUUUACCCCGGUGGGAAACGCAGUUACUUACUUUAACGGAAAUGCCCGUUAUCACUUUUUUGUUAAAAGACACUGAACUUUUUGUCCUCUCGAGAACAUUGUCUUACUCGUUGUAGUCUAAAGCUAGGAUGUGUUUUACAUUUCUGUGCGUCUGUGGUGCCCUGGGGUCAUGUCUCCACCUCCUGCCAUCACAGAUAUUAUUCCCGACAUCUCAAAUGAUCCUCGGUCAUUUCCUCUGCUCGUAAACACUGUGACGAGACAAGCCUAGUCCUGGCGUGGCCCACCGAUGCAGAAGACAGUUAGCCUUAAACAUUUGUGUGUCGCUAUCAAUCCUCACUUGGUCUAUAUUAACGAUACUUAAAUUAAAAGUGUCUAAAGAUCAACAGUCGGACCUAAAUGUAAUUGUGUUCACGCCUCAGUGUAAACACCGCUUCCCUGUGCCAUCAGAUUUCUUUCUGCUCAGAGAAGCUCUGGGCUGAGGUGGUGUUUGAGAGAGGUGGUGUUUGAGAGAGGUGGUGUUUGAGAGAGGUGGUGUUUGAGAGAGGUGGUGUUUGAGAGAGGUGGUCGGUCUCCUGUGGAGAGGACGGGGGUAAAAUGGGUUCGAAACCUGGAGAGCCUGUUCCUCCUGAGCCUGGAGAGCCUGUUCCUCCUGAGCCUGGAGAGCCUGUUCCUCCUGAGCCUGGAGAGG